AUGCGGGACAAAGUGGAAGCUGAAUUAAAAAACAUGACAAAGCUGGGGGUCAUAACACCCAUUUCAGAGCCCACACAGUGGGUGUCCUCAAUGGUUGCCACACAUAAAAAAGACACUGACAAGAUUCGUUUAUGCAUAGAUCCACGGGAUCUAAAUGAAGCCCUCAUGCGCCCUCACCAUCCUAUGCGCACAGUAGAAGAGGUGGCUUCACAAAUGUCCAAUGCCAGUGUCUUUUCAGUGCUUGAUGCUAAAAGUUCAUUCUGGCAAAUAAAGUUAGAUCACGAGUCCUCCCUGUGCACCGCUUUUGCAACUCCCUUUGGAAGAUUUCGUUUUUUGCGCAUGCCUUUCGGCAUUAAUUCGGCAUCGGAGGUGUUCCAAAGGGCAAUGGAACAGAUCUUCUCAGGAUUUCCAUGUGCCAUAAUUGUAGAUGACAUUAUCGUCGGAGGAAAAGGGGAGAAAGAGCAUGAUGAAAACUUAAAGAAGGUUCUAAACAGGGCACGGCAGGUGAAUCUGAAACUCAACCCACAGAAGUGUAAGUUCAGGCUCAGAGAAGUCAGUUAUGUGGGCCAUCUGUUCACAGAACAAGGAUUAAAACCAGACCCAGCCAAAAUACAGGCCAUUACAGAAAUGCAACCACCAAGUGACAAAGCUGCUUUGCAACGUUUUUUGGGCAUGGCUAACUACCUCUGCAAAUUCAUUCCAAAUUUUAGUGAACUGGCAACACCACUACGACAGCUGCUCCACAGGGACGUAGCUUGGUGUUGGUCGCAGCAACAGCAAGAGGCAUUCAACAUGCUAAAAAAGUGCAUCACAUUCCCACCAGUGUUGAGGUAUUUUGAUGUAAGCAAACCUGUAACCAUCACGUGUGAUGCUUCUCAAUAUGGAUUGGGCGCUGCAUGUCUACAGGAUGAUCAGCCUAUUAGCUUUGCCUCACGCACUCUCACUGAAACGGAAAUGAGAUAUGCUCAAAUCGAGAAAGAGCUAUUGGCUGUGGUCUUUGCCUGUCAAAAGUUCUACGAUUAUAUCUAUGGGAAACCGGUUCUGGUGGAAACAGACCAUCAACCCCUUGUCACAAUUCUGAACAAACCUCUACAAUCUGCUCCAGCACGACUACAGCGAAUGAUACUGAAGCUACACAAGUUCGAUUUGACCCUAACCUACAAAAAAGGAAAACAGCUUUAUCUGGCUGACACUCUGUCACGUGCUCCCAGAAAGGUGACAACAAAAAAUGAGGAGGAGGAGUUCGAUGUCAUGGCUGUCCAAAUGAUUUCAGUCAACCGGCUACAAGAGCUCAGAGAACACACUGAAAAAGACAGCUCUCUGCAAAUUCUGUGUAACACCAUUAAGCAUGGCUGGCCGAGAAAAAUUCAAAGUGUUCCAAUGCAACUAAAACCUUUCUUUCCUUUCAGGGAUGAGCUCAGUGUUGGGGAUGGAAUCAUCACAAAGGGAACAAGAGUUGUAGUUCCUCACAGCCUGCAGAGUGAAUAUUUGCAGAUUUUGCACAAAGGCCACGCAGGAGCAGAAGCGACCAAACGCAGAGCACGCGAUGCUGUUUUCUGGUUGACUAUAACACAGGAUGUUGACAAAUUUGUACAGUCCUGCAGCAUAUGCAAUGCUCUGAAGCCCCAUCAACAAAAAGAGCCAUUGCACCUACACGAGAUACCAGAACUGCCUUGGUCAGUUGUUGCCACUGACAUAUUUGACUGGAACAGCCAACAGUACUUAGUGCUAGUGGAUUCAUACUCUGGCUGGUUUGAGAUAAAUUCACUUAAAAACAUAUCCUCACAAAACAUCAUCAGCAAACUAAAAAGGCACUUCUCUGUGCAUGGUAUUCCCCAAAAGCUUAUCACCGAUAAUGGCACGCAGUUCACAAGCCAGAUUUUCAGAGACUUUACGAGUUCAUGGGACUUUUGUCACAUCACUAGUAGUCCUGAAUACCCUCAGGCGAAUGGCCUCGCAGAGAGAGCCGUUCGAAGUGCGAAGCGCCUGCUUGAAACUACUAAAAGGGAUGGGACGGACCUGUAUUUGAAUUUUGCUAAACAUCUGCAACAUUCCUUGGGAUAA